GUCUCCAUCGUGGGUGGUUCCUGUGCGUCCGGACCGGAAGUUGCUGGUGCAAGUUUGCACGUUCAAAGGGGAUCCGCGCAGCCGUGAUUUCACCUCUGCGAUGGCUGAGCCGGGUCCUCGUGAAGACACAGUUCCCGAAGAAGAGAAGGAGUUUCAGAAGAUUUUAGCUGAAAUAGGAGGAAGAGAAAAGAUACACCUGGUCAGCGACGUUGGUAAAAGUAAAGAGGACGAUGACGCUGGGAUUUUACAAGAGUUCCUUCGCGGCGUUUUUGGUCAAACCAGCUUCCCAAACGGACAUCCACAUUCCGCAUUAAGUAGCAAUCACUGUGACAUUGAAGACGAGAAGCCUACAUCCUGCAAAACAGGACCAGCCACGGAACUGCCUUUAACCGUGAGACCAAAAGCUAUGACCAACCCAAGUGAAGAAAUAGGGAGAGAAAAGCGCAAUGGCAGCCAGAAAACUGUGUGGAGAAGGGACAUUUACAACACAAAAAGAAUUAUCGACUGUCCUGUCAUUAUAUUCAUUUUUAGGAAUACCUUUUUGAACUGUCAUUCAAAUCUGGUGUGCUUAAAAGAGAUCCUGAGAGACGUAAAGGCGCGGACAAAGCAUGCCAAAAAUGCACAGCCAGCUCUCAUUGGAUUAAUACGGUCGAGUUUGGAGAGCGCAGAAAACAAGCAAUGCGCAGUGGUCCUUGAGAACAUGAUGCGCUCUGUGUUUCACAGACAUGUUCCAGACUCUAUAUGGAUUGGGAGCUUCAUUCCCAAGAAAGAAGAGGAAAUACUUGAAAUCAAGAAAAACUUCUGUAAAGUCAUCUACUCGUCCAGAACAGCAGAUUAUACAGGGCAUAGAGGGAACCCGCUUCUCUGGCCAUUGCAAUGUUUACUCGAGUCUAACAGAGGAACACAGAGAGUCCGGGCAAAGAGCAACUCUACAGACAACUGGCAAACAGGCAAUUCCAAGGACCUAGAGGAGAGCAUUCCCUUGAAAACCCUUAACCAGCCCACUGGACCUCAUGUGGUGGAUGGAGAGUCAGCUGUAAAAGACAGCUAAUCACAUUGUCUGGUGGACCUUAAUGCUUGUAUUUUUCUUUUAACAAUCAACAUUUAAAAAUAGCUUAGAUUUUUAAAUGUACAUCUACUUGAAAUGUACAAUAUUUAUUUAAUAUACACAAAAGAACAAUAGGGAAAGGGUAACCUAUAGUUUGUCACUUUUUAUACUAAAAUUGUUCUACCAAAAUGUGAAUUUAAUCUAUUUUGUGCACUGGAUAACUGGGGUUCUUUUAACAGAUACUGGCAGUAAUUGCAUUUGUAUAGAUUUUAUGUGUUCCACCCACAAAUACUUAACCACAUUGGUUAUUGUCUUUUCUGUGAAUGAGUCUAAACCAGCAUUACAGAGUGCACAUGUUAAAUUAUGAAUAAAACUCUCUAAUAUUUAAA